AUGUACUUCCACUGGUACACACUCCUCCCGCUGCUCCUCUCCCUCCCCACCGCACUGGCAACCGCCCAAGACACCGCCUCCACGCUAGACACUCUCAAGCCCCGAAACUGGGAUCUCCGCCUCCUCAAGCCAGGCUGCAAACCUAACAACUCCAAUAUCGACAUCAGCGUCUACCAUUCAUCUGGCGUGUCGGAGCGAGCCUGUGAUGAUUUGACUGCGGUAAACAGUCUAAAUCUGAGUAUCGUGGAUACGGUCUCGUGGAAGAGUCCCAGCGAGCCAAGCUUUGAUCUGUGCAUGUAUAAAACUGGGGAUUGUGAUUCUGAGGGGUUUAUGGGGCAGAUUCGGGGGGGUUGGGCGGUUUGCGUUAAGUAUGAGGGGUGGAAGGGGUGGAGGGCUGUUCCUAAGGGGGAGGAGUGUGAUUAG